UCCGCCCUCGCGAUACAGUCGCCAUUAGAGCUAACUGCGAAGCCAACCGCCGGAUCGCUGCGCACAGAGACUCGAAACUCCCCAUCUUCCUUCUCCUUCCGUACUGCUAAUACCCGAAACCAUGGAGGCAGAUCGAGGAAGUUUGAAUUCAAACGAGGAAACCAUGAAGGAAGGUGAUGAUAUCAGUGACGAGGAAACAAAUUCUGAGUCAGGAUAUGAGGAGAAGCUUUUGUCUGAACCUGCAAAGAAUGCUGUGCACAACAGGGAAGGCCUCUUGGAAAAGCUUGAAGACAUUGCCUGGCCUAAGGAUCUUGAUUGGAUCCACACACUCACCAUCACUUAUGAUCAGCCAGAAGAGAUCGACGUGAACGACGAUCUAACCCGGGAGCUCGCUUUCUAUAACCAGGCUCUUCAUGGCGCCCGAAAAGCCUUUGAAAAAAUUCAAUCGACAGGCGUCCCGUUCCUCAGGCCUCCGGAUUUCUACGCCGAGAUGGUGAAGUCCGAUAACCAUAUGCUGAAGAUCAAGAGCAGGCUUCUUACAGAGAAGAAGAAGAUAGAGGAGGCCGAGGAGAGGAAGAAAGCAAGGGAGGCGAAGAAGAUGGCGAAGGAGGUUCAAGCCCAAAAGGUGAAGGAAAGGGUAAAAAGGAAGAAGGAAGAGAUCGAAUCCGUGAAAAAAUGGCGAAAACAGAGACAAAAGAGCGGCUUUGCAAGCGGCGGGGUUGUAGGUGAUGGGUUUUUUGGAGAUGGAGGAAGUAGUUUUCAGAGAUCGAAUAAGAAGAGGCCCGGAGUGUCUCCCGGAGAUAGGUCUGGUGGUUUCAAGGGGAAGGAGAAGAAGAACAGGAGGAGUUUCAGGGAGAGCAAGUUUGGCCAUGGAGGUCGGAAGGGUCUGAAGAAGCAGAAUACUGCAGAGACUACUGAUGAUCUGAGUGGCUUUAACAAAGGUGAUGAUUUUAGGGGAAAUAAGAAGAGGAAGAGGUAAUUUACUUAUAAUUAUUUCCUUGAAUGAAUGAAUGUUGGCCCUAAUUUAAAUCUUUUUUAGAUUUUUGUUUUUUCUUCUUCUUAUUAUUUUUGAAUUCUUGUUUUGAGCUAUUUUAUGGUUGGUUUUUAGUGU